UCUAGUUGGGAGUGGGACGCUAGUGAAGCUGGCUUCACGCACACAGUCAACAAGCAGCUGAUGUUUGUGUUUUUUAGAGCCACGUUCUGCCACGCAAAAAUUGGGUGAUGCAUUCCUUUGCAGGUGGUGGAUCCCUGCCAGCAGGUGAUGAGGUCCAAGGAGCAGGUGAUUGACCACAGGGUGUGGAUGAAGAUAUUGUAGUAGACAAAAGACCUCAGCCAACGAGAAAGUGGUGAUGGGGGUGACAAGAAGGAUUCCAUGAAAACAAAACAACAAACAAACGGACAAAAACACAGAAUGGACAAACAGACCAGCACUAGUGAUGAUCUCCAAGUGUGGGAAUGGAUGGAGAAGCACAUCAAACAGGAAAGUGAGGAUGGGGAGAGGGAGGAAGAGAAGGAGAUGGAGAGCUACACAGUGAAAUGUGAGAAAGAUGUGGCAACCAAACUCGUACAACUCUGUUACAAUAGCCAGGUCAAAAAGGAGGAAACUGAAGAACAGUGGGAGACAGUACAACUCUGUUACAACAACCAGGUCAAAAAAGAGGAAACUGAAGAACAGUGGGAGACAGGGAACGAGGCAAAAGAGGAGGAUGAGAGUGACGCUGAAAAGACUUGUGGCUAUACAGGGAUAGGACUUGAUGGCGGAACCUGGUUCCAGACACUGGUAAAAGAUGAAGAGGAAAGCAGCCAGUGGAAUGAAAACAUGGAAAGAGACGGAGAGGAUAUUGAUCAAUUCCAAACAGAACAGGCACAUAGGCCAGGGUGGCAAUGGCAGCAGAGCGGUGUGUGUGAAGGCAACAGUGUUGUCAUGCUGGAAGACCGUGAGCCGGAAGAACAGAGAAGUCCUGAGGACAGGGUCUUGCACAGGAAGUCAGCUGAAAGUUUGGGUUCAGGUGGCGUGGAGGAAGGUCAAAUGGGGAGCAAGGUGAGGCCUUUUACCUGCGAGACCUGUGGUCACAUGGCCAGGAAUUCCGAAGCCCUGGAGCGCCACCGCAACAGACAUGAGUGCCCCAACGGCCCCACUCUGUGUGAGGUCUGUGGCCUUCUGGUGAAGUGUCGAGCGGCCAUGGAGCGCCACCGCCUCACACACACUGGUGAGAAGCCAUUCGAGUGUGAGGAGUGUGGCAGGUGCUUUAACACGGCACAGUACCUGCGAACCCACAUGCUGGACCACAAAGAGGGCGGCAGGGCGCACUUGUGCAAUGUGUGCGGACAGCGCUUCACCCACUUGUCCUACCUUACUCGUCACAUGAUGCGCCACAAGGGUGACAAGCCGCAUUCCUGUCCCCAUUGUGGCAAGGGCUUUGUGCAGAAGUACCACUUGGAGCGCCACAAGCUCACUCACGAGCCGCAUCCCUGCUCGGUGUGUGGUCAGAUCUUUAAGCGGAAUCAUAUUCUGCUGGCACACGUAAAGAAAGAGCACCCAGGUGAGACAGAGGCGGAGGCGGAGGCUUUGGAAAGGGCCAGACACAAGGUGCAGUGUGAGGAAUGCGGAAAAUGGCUGCCAGGAGCUUCCACGCUACAGGUGCAUAUGCGCGUUCAUACAGGGGAGAAGCCGUACAGCUGCCAUGAAUGUGACCGCAGCUUUGCAACGGUCAGCCAGCUAAACUCACACAAGCGCAUUCACACAGGAGAGAAACCGUAUGUGUGUCCUCUUUGCCUGAAGUCCUUCACCCGCAGCACACACAUGAACGACCACAUUAAGAACAUUCAUAGUCAAGGGGAACUGGGGCCUUAGUCAGGGAGGAGGGAAUUAUGGAAUUUGGAAUGGCUCAGACAGAGUUCAUCCUUGUAUCCCAUUGAACAUCUGUUGGGUGAUCUGAGGAAGACUGUGCACAGGAGAUGCAAAGAGGAGUGGAGUGGACAAACAUUGCCUCAUCAAUAUGAGCGCUGAUAGAUUCUCACCAAAAAAAGACUGAGUGCUGUAAUAAAAGCCAACAACAAAGUAUUAGUUUAAGGGUUUGGAUAUUUAUGCAACCAUGUUAAUUUAAGUUUUUAUUUUCUAUAUAUUUCCUUUAAAGGAUAACUUAAUUUAAGUUUUCAUUUUCUAUAUUUUUCCUCUAAAGGAUAACAUUUUUCAACUCAGCCCUUUCCGAGAUCUGAGCUAGUCUAAUGGGGGCAGACUUUGUUACAUUAAAAACUUUCUUAACAUAGGCCUACUCCAAAUAUUAUCCCCAAAUCACUGUUUUGUACCACUGUUUGCUAGUUGUCUGCUGAUAUUGCACAACAUUUUGGAUGUUAUAGGGAAUAAAUCAAGAUGUUUUUUUUAAAUGUAAACAAAUGCCUGCCCCCAUUACAAUGAAACAGGAUCUUGGAAAAGGCUGAAGAAAAAAAACCUCAGGUACUGACAAGUCCAGGAUAGUGUGAGCAUUACAAAAGUUCUCCUUUAAAGCUUUGCAUUUGUUUUUCAAUUAUAUUGUGCAGGAUAGUAGUUUAAAGAAGCCAUGCCACUCUAAUUACAUGGCCUCUUUAAAUUAAAGGUGGAAAAAAUGUGUCUUUUUUGUCUUUCUGUCAUUUUUUACAUCACAAAAAAACUAACAUUUGAACAGGGCUGUGUAGACUUAUAGGCACUGUAGUUACCUAGGUUGGGAACAGCUGCAGUUCUGCUGGUGACCACUUUUUGCUGUAAUGCAGUGAUGUAAUAGCCUGGUUCCUACCAGACCUCCGUGUGUGUGCUCUGGAGCCCCCUGGUGGCACUCCAAACACACACAUCGGUCUGGGAGCAUGUGGCAGGAUUCAAUUUCUGGACUCAAAAAAUAAUGCAGAGCAUUUAUCACUUCAAUAUCACUGGCAGCUCACAUUGAGGAGUCACAGGACAUAUUGUAGACCAUAUUGACGCUUUAGAGAUCAACAGAAAAUGGUUUUGAAAGAAUUUGUUGAUAUUGAAGCAAUAAAUGCUGCGAUUUUUUUUGACUGUAGAAAUGGAAUCCUGCCACAUGCUCCCAGACCUAGUAGUGGAGCUCACAAAGCUGUGCGGAACUACAGGUCGGGCAAGAGCCAGGCAAGUAAUGUAAGGCAUUACAUGGCAAAAAUCUGUAAUAUUUACUUAGUUACAUUGCUAAAUAACACAAGUAACAAAUGCAUUACAAUUACCUGGAUUUUAGUGGUAUUCAGUUUGGUGGGUCAGAAAGAAGCUAUUCCUGAACCUGGUAGUUUUUAGUCUACAAAGUCUCAAGUCUUAGUCUCAAAAACACCUGCUGGAUGGGAGGUGAAAAAGUCAUGACGAGCUUGAUUUACACUAAUAAAUUGCCAGAUCCAUAUUUAGGCAUACAGUUCUUUUGGCAAAAGUAACUAAAGUAAUGCAAAAGUAAUGUAAUGCCUUACAUUUUAAAUAACAUAAUAUUGUAGUGUAAGGGAUUAUUUUGAAAAGACAGUAACAUGUAAUCAGUGAUGCAUUACAGUUUUUGAGUAACUUUCCCAACACUGCUGGUGACACUGCAACAAAUGCUAAUUUAGGCCUAUCUACUGUAUUCUGCCAAACUGUUGAAGCACUUUGUCCUGUACUUUUGCAAACUAUGAUGUACAAAUUAAGAUUGUAAUGAUGUUAAUGAUGCCAUUGUUAUCAUUGUACAUAUAUAUAUAUAUUGCACAGUGCAAAAUGUUUUGUAUGAUCACUGUAUACAGAUGUGGCCAGAGUAGGGAUUGCAACUAUGCAGCUCAUUGAAACCGUGCUGUUUACUGCCACAUUUUAUAUUGAUAAUCUGAUAAUUUUCCAAGUCAUAAUACAUACUUAGAAUGUGAUGGUGGUGGUUGUUCUGUAAUGGAAUGUUCAUGUUGUAUGUAUUGCACGGGCCCGGGUACCAGUUCCUGAGCUUCAGAUAAAUGGUCAACUUCA